AUGGCUUUCCGCCCACUCGACGUCUUCCUUGCCACGGCUGCAGCAAAGCCGUACCCUUCCAGCGUCGCCUCCAAGCCACAGCCACAGCCCAAAUCAUCCGCUCCCGUCUUCAGCCAUCCGCCACCACCAUACCCUGGGCCAGCGUCACAGCGCAAGAGCGACGUGUUUUCCUCUGCAGCAGCCCUAGUUCGCGCGGCCACACCGGAGCUGGAACCCGCGUUUGACAUGUCUGACCACGAGGACGCAGGCAUGAAGCACGCUGCCGCAACCAGCAGUGCGUACCCGCUCAACGCCAACGACAGCGGCAUCUGUGUGCACCACGUCAAGGAUUGCGAUCCGUCGCAUGUGGACUCGCACAAGACGUGUUCGUCUUCAUCGGCGUCGUCGCCUUGCUCAGACAGUGACACGCAGGACAUGGGUUCGCCAACACCACCGCGCACCAAACGCACGCCCUUUGAGGCAGAUGUGGAAGCCCUCAGUGACAUGCUCCUCCACCUGCAAUCGUCACCGCCACGCAGCACCGUCCCAGAGACUCCGCGCAGCGAGAUUGACGAAGAAGAGGAGGCGGACAUGGAGCUGUACGCCACGCUGCUGGAUGUGCAGAGCUCACAACUCGUUCGGCGCAUGAACAACAGCAGCAGCAGCAGCAUCGGUAGCAGCAGCAGCAACCAUCACCACAACGACACGCCAGACCGACCGUCAUCUCCCCUGGCAUCCCCAGCACGUGCAAACCCGGCCACCUCCCCGUCCCGCGUUGCUCGCCGCACAGCUUCCCCGCACCACCACCACCAUCACCACAAACCCGACGCUGGCAAGAGCACUGGCAGCAUCAACAACGGCAACACCAACAGUCCAUCACACCAGCAGCCAGCUGCCGCAAGCACAACAAUGCCGCUGACAGUCCAUGACAGCGCAUACAACCACCACCACCACCACCACCAUCAGCAAGUGCACCAGCACCAGCACCAGCAACAUCAUCAUCGCCACCGCCACCGACGCCGCUCACCAAAAGGAAGCACAAGCAGUGGAGGAGGCGGCAGCAGCAGCAGCAGUGGAGACGAUGGCACGGGACAGCGCGAGCGAGAGGCAAGGCGGCAGGCACACAAGAAGCUGAAGAAGGAAAAGCGCGCCAAGGAGAAGAGGAGGAGUAAAGCACACCACGACAUGCUCACGAUGCCGCUGCCCGCAGAUCCCCGCGAGCAGCACAUGGUGGAGAUGACGGCGCGGCAGCAGCGAAACGCCCGCCACCAGUCCCGACUGUUCGUCAGCCCAACACCUCGCCAUUCACCACACCACCACCACCGCCAGCACCAUCGUCAAGACGCACGUGUGCAUGGCGGUCGCAAGAGCGGCGGUGGCCGCGCACACAAGCACCUGUCUGUAAACACGCUGGUUGCGUCAUGCGAUCCUGGCCUGUGCCACCCCGUGAUGCCUGUCACGCACCCAACAACGGUACACGUGAUGCAACCGCGCGACCGCCGCCACUCUCACCCGACAGACAGCAGCGCAGCUCCUGUGAUGAUGACGAGGAUGACAGCAGCACAACAGCCACCAACCGUGCGCGCUGUGACAGCUGUGCGGCCACCACACGCCACAUCGUCGUCGUCGUCGUCAUCGUCGCGGUAUCACUCGUUCGUUGUGCUGGUCACGCCGACGUCCACCACCAACGCCCUCGGCCUGAAUGGCACCUUCAUCGCCCAAUGCCGCGAACACAACCUCGUGCUCCUCACACCGCACUCCCACAACCUCGUCUGGGAGGUCAAGUACAACGAAAUCAAGCGGUUCAGUGUCGAGCGAACGCUGCACACGCUCUCCCUCGAGGUUGGCCGCGUGCACAAGUCGUAUUUUGGUCUCUACUGCUUUAAGACACAGCAGUACGAUGCUUUCUUCCAAACCCUUCACAGGUUCAUCGACGCCAAAUGA